AGCUUCAUUCCUUUCAUUGCUGGUGGCUGUUGCGUGUCGUGUUAAAUUGGUUUGACGAAGCCAACCCCAUCGCAUUGAGUGCACCACGGAUAUACGCGUCAGAUCCUCCCUCUUUUUCUCUCUCCGAAGUGUGACGGCCGUCCUUUCCUUCGAUUUAUUAUUGUUACUAUCAUUGUUGCUCUGACUUGUACGCGUUGUGAAGCCGCAGAAAUGCGUCCUGCGGGGGCCGUCUCAUGCGUCACGCGCGGCUGCGGCUACGGCCGCCCGCCCCCUCAUUCGCACCUUCGCCUCAGCGCUGCUGUUACCGCUGCCAUCCCCGCGGCGUGCUGCCGCUCCUCGUCCGCUUCUUCCACCCCUCCCCUCUCGGCCCUGCAACACUCCAUUCGAUGUCUCUCUCAACAGGCGAAUCGGUGGCUGGACAAGCUCCGCUACGGCGCAGAGAGCGCGCCCUCCCUCGGCUCGUGGGAGAACGCCUACGAGGACAACGCCAUGGGCACUCGUAAGCUGUACUGCAAGGCGUUGGUGUGUGCCUCGGGUGGGGGUCGCAUGGCGCGGGAUUGGAUCGCCGGCUGCGCCGCCCUUACCAGCCCGGACCCGUCGCUCAUCUACACCGCUCUGCAGCACAACGCAACGGAGGCGGACGUGGAAGAGCUGCGCGAACACUUUCUGAUCCGCCUGCUCGCGCGAGAGGAGGGGGAGAAGCGGGAUGACGGGCGGCGUCAGCACCGGCAUCAGCAACAGCAGCAGGGCAGCGAAGGCGUGAGAGACGGCCUUGUACGGCGCAGCGGGGUGUGGACGGAAAAGCAUGCGAGCGGCGGCGCGGCUCCCGUUGCGAGAGCAGCGGAGGAGAACAGCAAGGUGGAGCGUGAAGUGCUGCGAGAUGGUGAGGAAGCGGACGCAGAGGAGGGGCUGCCGUCCGCGGCUGGAGCCUCCACCAGCACAGACCAGACCGCCACGACCGUCUCUCGGCAGGAAGAGGAGCUGCACAACGAUGGCGACGAUGAAAGCGGUGAGCAGGACGGUGAUAACGCCGUGGCGUCGAUUUCGCCGGAGAGCAUCCGCGAGGCCGAGCACCUCCUCCUCCGCCGCUCACCCGAGGUGCGGUGUUUUAUGUACGACGCCAUGACCGCGAGCCUCUUUCACAGUAAUGCCGACCUGCGCGCGGUGGAGAUGGCGCGCCGGCACACCUUCUGGAUCGGCGCGAACGUGUUUGGCAUCUCGUUCGACGAGCUCACCCUGCUGUGGCGCCUCGUGGAGGCGGAGUUGCUGCUGAAGAAAGAGAAGAUCAAAGUACUCGGUCAGCCGUGGAGUGAGUAA